AUGUUUGCCAAGGUGUUUUUCACGUGCGCACUAUUUAGCGUCGCCCGCGCAGGAUUGAUCGCGUCACACGGCGCUGUAUCAUCCCAAAGUAUUGUGUUGGGAGCUCCUGCCCUAGCACAUGGGUAUGCUGCCGCUGCUCCUGCAUAUGGACUUGGAUUAGGACACAGCGCCGUCGUGGCACACGCGCCGGUGUUGAGCGCGCCUUACGCAGCGUACGGUCACGCCGCUGCCCCUGUUGAGAUAUAUGCCCACCCCCGCUAUCAGUUUAACUACGGUGUCACUGACGGCCACACGGGCGACCAGAAGAGCCAAUGGGAGGCUCGUGAUGGAGAUGUUGUAAAGGGUCAAUAUUCCCUUGUUGAACCGGACGGCACAGUCCGUACCGUAAACUACUCUGCUGAUGAUCAUAAUGGAUUCAACGCGGUGGUGAGCAGGCAAGGUCAUGCCGCACAUCCCGCGGGCCACGCCGCCAUCGUAGCCGCCCCUGCCUACGGACAUCUCCAAGGCUAG